AUAAGAAUACAUCGUCAACGCAUUGAAAAAGCCAGUUCAUGACGAGCGGCUUUGCGUUUUUAUGCAUGGGGAUUGGCAACACAGCGGGGCUUAUUUACAUUAAAUACGCCACAAGGUUACAGUGCAGAUAGAUGAGCGUCAUUUUUAUCACUCAUUACUUCUCUUAAGCGGUGACUGACGCUCAGGACGCACAAGAGGCAACACUCAUUUAUCCUGGAGUUUUUUAAGCGAGGAGAAGAGGAAUAAGACUCGAAACAGUUGACUUAAAAGGCUCUUGUCGUGCCACCUUCUGUGGAGCUGUCGGCACUCUUCCUGACAUCCGGCAUUUGUUGGAGAGGCGGCAGUCACGCAGGCAGCCAUUCCAGUAAGCAGCAGUGAGUCAGGAGCAUCACUAAGAGCCCACUUGAUCCUAACAGACAGGUUGCAUUCCAGCAUGCAGUUGGUGUGUUAAGGAUGGAGGACUCUAGCUUGUGUCUUGGUGUGUCAUCAGCAGUGCCUGAUGCUGAUUCCCAUCUGAGCAGUGCAGUCUUAAAUGGCCGCUACCCCAUAAGCCAAAAGCUUCACCAACUUACUGCCCAGUUAGGACACGCUUUUCCUGACCUACACCACCCCCAACAGAUACCUGAAGAGAAGGCAGCCACACCUUUGGAUGAGAAGACCCACCACACAGCUCUGGCUAGUCAGCCUAUCAGCAGUCAGAUGGCCCUGCUAGCCAAUCAGCUCAACCGAGACAUUGACGCAGGGGCACUAAGUGGGUUGAAUGGACGAGUUGACCUACAGCAGUUCCUCAAUGGCCAGAACUUGGGCAUAAUGUCCCAGAUGAAUAACAUUGAAGAUGAUGCCCGCAAGAAUAGGAAGUAUCCCUGUCCAUUGUGUGGCAAGCGCUUCCGUUUUAACAGCAUCCUGUCAUUACACAUGCGCACACACACAGGAGAGAAGCCUUUCAAGUGUCCAUACUGUGACCAUCGAGCAGCUCAAAAGGGCAACUUGAAGAUCCACCUCCGAACCCAUAAGCUGGGGAAUCUUGGUAAAGGCCGUGGCCGUGUCAGAGAAGAGAAUAGGCUGCUGCAUGAGCUGGAGGAGAGAGCCAUUCUUAGGGACAAACAGAUGAGAGGGAGUGGCAGUCUCCUCCAGACAGCUCAAACACCCCAUCUGGGCCUCAAUAGCAGCUCUAACACCCAUCAGCAGCAACUAAGCUCAGCCUGUGGCCUCCUUGCUCCCUCUGGUCUUGCUACUCCAGACACAAUUACUCAACCUUCUUCUUCACCCAAGCCAACUGGCACCCAGGACGAACAGUCCCUGAACCCAAUUACAGGAUUCCGCUGUACCUUUUGUAAAGGGAAGUUCAAGAAGCGUGAGGAGCUGGACCGCCACAUCCGCAUACUCCACAAGCCCUACAAAUGUACUUUGUGUGAUUUUGCUGCCUCUCAUGAAGAGGAGCUGAUUAGUCAUGUUGAAAAGGCCCACAUAACAGCUGAAACCACACAGGGCCAGGGUGCUGGUGGUGGCAGUGGUGUGCAGAUGGCCACUGAAUUCCGUUGUGACGUGUGUGGCCAGGUGUUCAGCCAAGCUUGGUUUCUAAAGGGCCACAUGCGCAAGCACAAGGACUCUUUUGAACACUGUUGCCAAAUCUGUGGUCGUCGCUUUAAGGAACCCUGGUUCCUCAAGAACCAUAUGAAGGUGCAUCUCAACAAGCUGGCCAUCAAGAGCAAGCCGCCUCAGUCCAGUGAGCAGGACAUGGCUACUGUUAAUAGCAUGAGCAGUCUGGCUCAGGAAGCUCAUGCCAACCUUUAUUCUCGCUACAUCUCCUGUCUUCAGGGAGGCUUCCUUUCACCAGACAAACAGAGUCUGAGUGAGCAGCAUCAGAUGCUGGCUAAAGCAGGGAUAGCUAUGAAGGAAAAGGAGAUGUUAGGGAAGCUACUAGGGCCAAUGGCAGGAGGUAUUGGCCAUGGGCUAGGUGAAAAUGAGAAGCGUUCACUCCUGGGCUGUCUCAACCUUGUGCCACCACUUAAGUCAAGCUGCAUGGAGCGCCUCCAGGCAGCUGCAAAAGUUGCAGAGAUGGACUCUCUCAAUAGCUAUCAAGCCUGGCAAAUUAUGACUCGUGGCAUGGCUAUGGACAGGACUUUUUUGCCUAAGGAGCCGCAACAGCACCCACACCAUAUACCCACAGGCCAGGAAGAUGAGAUGGGUGGUGCUGGUGCCUUGGCUUCCUUCUCAAAGGACAAACAAGACUAUUCCUUGAUCUCUUCCAAUGAUAGCUCCAAGCAGAAACAGCUCUCAGAGGCCUUGCAGGGAUCCAAGGCUUCUAGUGGAACCAUGAUGUCCAUGAAGGAGGAUGGAAGAGGCUUUGACAGUCAUCGUGACUUAAUGUCACACCAUGGUAGUGCUGAGGCUCCUGGAGCCCUGGCUGGCUUGGGAAGUCCAAACAUUGACUACAGCCUCUCCAGCCUGAAGGAGAAGCCUUCAGAGUGCCCAGACUGUGGUCGGGUCUUCAGAACCUACCAUCAGAUGGUUGUCCACUCCCGCAUCCAUGGCAAAGACAGGAGAGGCAUUGAGGAAGUGCUCCAUCAACAAGGUCUAGACGAACGCCGUGGAUCAGCCAGUGACCCUGAGUCCCAGUCCAUUAGCCGCUCCACCACUCCUGGUUCAUCCAAUGUAACAGAAGAAAGUGGAGCUGGAGGAGGACAGUCCCAGACAGGAAGUGUCCAGGAUGACAGUCCACAUCCUUCCUCACCAUCUUCAGAUGUUGGGGAGGACUUGGGGAAGGCAGCUGGGAGUAUUCAGCCCCCUCUGUCCCAGCAUCGUGAGCGGAGUCUGGGCACAUCCUCCAAGGAUUGUCCCUAUUGUGGCAAAUCCUUCCGCACCUCUCAUCAUCUCAAAGUCCAUCUACGGAUACACACAGGAGAGAAACCCUACCGGUGCCCUCAUUGUGACUAUGCCGGCACCCAGUCCGCCAGUUUGAAGUACCACCUGGAGCGUCAUCAUCGUGAACGUCAAAAUGGCUCCACCACCUCAGGCCCAUCUUCUGGUCACACCGCUUCUUCAGAGCACAAAGAGGAUCAUGUUAAGACAUCCGGUGGUGGCAUCUUUGCCCGACCUGAUGUCCUCCGUAAUGUGUUCAAGGGAAUGCCUUCCAACCUCGACUUCAGGGCCGGCUCAUUGCUGCCACAUCAGUGGGCAUCAGCAGGCAUGAUGUCUCCACAAGACCGAGAUCGGGAGCGCGGAGAACGUCGUUUUGACUCUGGUUCCUCAGCCGAGAGCAUGAAGAGUGCCGAUGGCCUGGUCUCAACAACGACAGAUAGUCCUGCCAGCUUUUCUGACCUAAGUAGGGCUUACCAAAGCAUGAUGGGAAAUGGUGUUCACUUUCAAGGUUCUCUUCAAGCCUUCAUGGACAGCUUUGUUCUCAGCUCCAUGAAGAAAGAUAUGAAGGAUAACCAGAGUCCAGCCCAGCUCCAGACUCAGCACUAUCAUGAUAACGGUGAGCCCAAAGCCAAGCGGGGUGCCUCAGCUGACCAGGGCAGAGAGGAUAAGCCUGAAGCCAAACAGAACUCAGAGCCUGGCAAACCUGGGUCCCAGUAUGAACCACUUGAUCUGUCUGUGUCAGUUAGGCCUGAGUCUGCACCUGGAUCUCUCCCUGGCUCUUCAGUCACUAUUCAUGAUAAUGUAGUAUGGCAUGGCUGCCUCUUCUGCUCCUUCUCCACUUCCUCAUUGGAGCUCAUGGCUCUGCACCUCCAGGCCAACCACCUGGGUAAGGCCCAUUUGCAGCGGUCUGAUGCAGGAAAGGAGCUUCAUGGAGAGGCCUCUCCCACCACCUCUACCAUUCAUUCCUCUAACACCAAGACCUCUGGUGUGGCCCUUGACAAAAGUGGAGACAGAGAUGGAGAAAAAAGCCAGGGAAAUUGGAACAACCACAUGGACCAGCCCUACAACCCCUUCCAGAGUGACUUCUACAGAAGAUUUGGAGGCUUGUAUGAUGGCUCCCCAAGGGCCAACCAGGGUCUUCAAGGCUAUCUAGGCACAGCAGAGCAGGGUCUGGACCCACCUAGUCAGGUUUUUGUAGGAGGAACCUCAGCCAGUGAUGAUCAUAUUGGUGAGAGUGGCUCCUGUGGAGAUGCUGAAGAGGACCAGAUUGGAUCAGAUGAUGAAAUUAUAAAAGCUGGGGUGCAUAGUGCCAGUGACACUCCCUCAACCACCCCUAAGAGACAACAACAAUCAAAUAACUCUGAUGAGGAGGAAGAGGAGGCAGGAGUGGCUGAAGAGGAGGAAGAAAGAGAUGAGGAUGGGCAAAUGGACAUGGAGAGAGAGGAAGAAGGAAGUCCAGCGUCAGAUCAUCUUCAGAACCACCCUAAACAUCUCCAAGAUGAUUCCUCUCUGCCCCCUAGGAGUGGAACUGGUCUGGCAGCAUCUUCGCCUGCCAUGACACCACUUUCUCUUGUUCCCCGACCCCAGAGCCAAGCUUUGCCACUAGAGAAGCAGUGGCAACAGGGACUGGGCCUCCUGUCUCCUGGAGGUCCUCCAGGACUGUUGAAGGCUGAGCAGCAGAACCAACUAGAGCAGCAGAUGAACAUGUUGUCUGUCCUCAGAGCCUACAGCAAUGAUAACCUCCCUGCAUUCAACGGCCUGGGAAGCGGAGUGGGAGGAGCACCCACAGGAGGCAUGAAGAGGCCAGAUGUACCUGUGCAUCUGUGGGUGGGAGAGGAGGACCAGCCCAUGACCCAUGACCCCGCGCUGACCCAUGACACCAACCAUCUUAACAACGACCUUAACCACCCUAACAACCAUAACCUAGGCAACCCUGAGGGGCUGGACGCCCACGCUGUAAACAAAGACUAACGGCCCACAUCGGAGCAAGGCAGGAUGAUGAUGAUGAGGAUGAUGAUGAAGGCAUUGAUGAGGAGGAGGAGGAUGAAGGAUGAAUGAAGGGAUACACUAUAACAAAGACUUUAUUUAAGAUGAAAAAAACACAUACUACCCUCAGAGUCAAGAAAAGGCCAGAACUAUAUGAAGGAAGGUUUGGGAGGUCCCUUUGGGGGCGGAUUUGCGAGAUGGACCUAAUGACUUUUGCAAGCAUCCUUGGACACUAAAUAAAGUGACAGCAACUUUCCUGUUUUGUCUCCUGUGGUCUGAAUGCCCCUUGUCUUUGCUGUCUUAUAUCUUAUACUGUGUUAUGUUUUUCUUUUGAUGAAACUACCUGUCUGAUUAGCACUUCCUGUAACUGGUCCCACAAUUUCUGAUACAUUCCUUGAGCUAGAAAAGUAUGUCUUGUUUUUGAAUUAAGACUGAAGUGUAGUGCUUAAUUAAAUGCUCUCCAAGACUUCUCUCUUGUUAAAUGAAGAUGACAGUUACCAUUAUAUUGUACCCGGAAUGUACUCUACUGUAGAAGACAAACUUUACUGGACUGUUGACAGAGACCAAGUGCAUUUCCUGUUAGACCAGCCACUUCUGGCUCUGCCAUCAGCUGACACUGAUUAUAACAAAGGACAGGGCACCAUAUGACAAUCUACAAUUCAAGUUUGCUUCCAGAAAUUAUAUGAUAUUGCUGGUAAGAUAGUUGACUUUUGAUGGUGGUGCUGAUGAUAAGUGGGAAUAAGACAGAAUAGUCAAACUGCCCUAAACGUACUUAAAAUACUAUAAACCCCUUCAUAACCAAACUACAGGCCUUCACCCUGCCAUAUGGUUCCAUUUGUCUAGUUUUCUUUUCCUGUAUCAUUUAAACUGCACCCAUAGGCGCUUAAUGUACAUAGAAAGGCAUAGAGUAGUUAAAAAAGUGAAAACUAAAGUCUAAAAACAUUUGUGACAAGGGAAAGCAAAGAAGUGACAGUAGUUUGCACGGCCACAUUCUUCUAGAGUUUAAUGGAGAAGAAUUAAAAAAAGGAAAAAAUAGAUUUCAGAUACAACAAAAGGGGGAGCAGUUUUUUUUUCUUCAUCACCCUCCACCUCUUUCUCUUCAUCUCUCAUGUCAACCUCAAGGACUCUAGUGUUGCAGAUGUUUGUAAAAUACUGCCACCGAUCAUUGUUGCACAGUGUUACUGACUACUGAAAAAGGUUUGAUGUAUUUACUUUAAGAUGAAAAAAAGAAGAAAAAACUGGAAAAAAGACUUAUUGUGUAUAGCCUUAGAUACAAGUCAUCUGUUACUGCUUCUACAAAGCUAUGUAGCUGUGCUAGACUGUAGGAUGUAGGGUUGAUUUUAUUUUUCAUUUUUAUAUGUACUGUACAUUAAUGCCUUCUCCAUUUACUGAUAAAAAAAGUAAAAAGAUGACAAUCGUCUCCUGUGCUGCAAACAUAUUUGCCCCCAUAUAUACAAAAUCCAUUAUGAAUAGAGGGACUUUAUCCUUUAUUUCUUUCAUUUGUUUUGGUUCUCAGAAGUAUUUUGCACUGUGAUAGUAUUAUAAAUCCAACCUAUACAGUAAAAAAACCUAGCUAACUAAACUGAAGGUGUGUGUUUGUGUGUCCCUUGGCAUUGUGAAAUGUUUCUACGUAAUUUUGUGAACCCAGAGAAAAAUUCGGUAUGUACAGUCCAAAUAUAAUACUUCCGUUGUUUUUAGUUUGAUCAACCUCUAUACUCUAUGUGGCUUUGACAAAUUGUUACCCAUAUUUCUUUUUUAUGCAAAUCCCCUUUUGCCCUGCAGCAUAGGCCCAGUACUGUUUUAGCCUGAGUGAUUUUCAGUGCUCAGUUUCCAUCUUGAUUUUGCUGCACAACAGUACGACCUCUGACUUUAAAAAAAAAAUCAUUUAUGUAGAUUAUAGUGAACCAUUCUUUCAAUUUCACCAUGCCAGGAAAAGAGGGGAUUCAAAACUAAAACAGAGUCAUCAGAGUGAGAAAUAUGAAAGGUGAGAUG